GCAGUCAAGGAAGAGUCAAAGCAGUUGUCAGGUUUAUUUGCGUCAAAAAAAGUUUUUCUUUUUUUAUUAAACAUCUUUUCAUAUAUGGUCACGUUUGUUAUUGGAAUUGUACCGAUAAAACACAUUUUGUCCUCUCAACCAUAAAUAAUAGAAUUGGUAAGAUGUCUGGGAGGAAGAAGAAACCCGGCCUAAAACUUCAAGUUUCCGAUGACACCGUUCCCAAAGUAGUUCCUCCAGCAAAUUUAAACACCAGAACAACCAUCACUAUAGGGGAUCGAACCUUCGAUGUAGAAGCAGACGAUCUAGAAAAAAUCUGUGAUCUAGGACGAGGAGCUUAUGGGGUAGUAGAAAAGAUGAAACACAUUCCAAGCGAGACUAUUAUGGCAGUCAAAAGAAUCACAGCAACUGUCAAUACUCAAGAACAAAAAAGACUAGUCAUGGAUUUGGAUAUUUCUAUGAGAAGCAGUGACUGCCCUUAUACUGUACAAUUCUAUGGAGCGUUAUUUAGAGAAGGCGACGUUUGGAUUUGCAUGGAAGUUAUGGAUACUAGUUUAGAUAAGUUUUACGCCAAGGUGUACAAGAAUGGGAAAAAAAUUCCUGAGGAUGUUCUAGGAAACAUUGCUCUUGCUGUUGUUAGUGCCUUACAUUACCUUUAUUCCCAGCUUAGAGUUAUUCACAGAGAUGUUAAGCCUUCAAAUAUACUGAUUAACAGACAAGGAGAGGUAAAGAUGUGCGAUUUUGGAAUCAGUGGGUAUUUGGUAGACUCUAUAGCCAAGACCAUUGAUGCUGGAUGCAAACCAUACAUGGCUCCCGAAAGAAUAGAUCCCACCGGAAAUCCCUCACAAUACGAUAUACGUUCAGAUGUCUGGAGUUUGGGCAUAUCACUAAUCGAACUAGCCACAGGAGACUUCCCAUACCCCAAAUGGGGCACACCUUUUGAACAACUAAAGCAGGUCGUGGCUGACGACCCCCCAAGGUUACCUAGCGGACAGUUUUCACCGGAAUUUGAAGACUUCACCUGCAAAUGUCUCCAGAAGAAGUACACCGACAGGCCCAACUAUAGCCAGCUACUGGAGCACGAGUUUUUAGUGAAACACAAAGACAUAAAAACAGAUAUAUCUCCAUUCGUCUCGGAAAUACUUGAUAUACCUGACAAUCCCUGAGAUUCGUGUGUUGUUUGUUAGUUUUCGGCGGAAUUUUUAAAGUCAGGAAGCGUGGUGAUGGAAGCCAGGAAGUUUACUACAACAUAGAAUAUGCACUAAUAAGUUUCAAUCAGAAAUUAUGAUUUUUUUCAAUUACAUUUGUGAUAUUUUCAAUGAAAAAGGUUUCAGUUUGCUUUUUAUAGAAUUGUGAUUUAUAUUUUGAUCAUAAAAGAGAAAAGUCCGUGGGGUGGGAUCUGUUGAAAAUCAGACCAUAAUGGACAUUUUUCAUAGGAGUCUACUUUUUUGCUAGAAUCACUUCGUAUCAAUCAUCAUGACUUACUCACUCUUGGCGGAGUGUUUGCCGCUCUCUGAUUCAUUUGUUUCGGUGAAUCAGUUCUGUGUUGUCUUGUUACUAUUAUAGCAGCGUGUUCUGUGACUUGGCCCUGUCUUCGAUUUUCCUUCAUUAUUUUCUGUCGUUAACACUGCUCCUUCCAAUUGUAGAUUCUUAGCUUCUUUAUGUCUUCUAAGACUUGAUCACUCCAUCUUGUUUUGGGUCUUUCCUUUGGUCUCUUUGUUCUUGGUCUCCAUCCGGUUAUUCGCUUUAGCGUAGAAUCUGGGUUGGCUCUUUCUGUGUGUCCCAGCCAUCUGAGCCUUUGCGAACUCGAUUAUGCCACCUAUCCUCACCGUUACCAUUAUUCGUCGAAUUAUCUUUCUCUCUAAGAUUUCUAACUUCAUUUCAUCUUUUUGUGUUAAGCACAUCGUCUCUGCACUAUAGGUGAUAACUGGUCUGAUUGCAGUCUUGUAAAUUUUUAGUGUGGUUGUCUUACUAAUGUGAUUUUCUUUUAAGAAUUUUUGAUAAAAAAUAAAAAUCUUAUCUUGUAAAAGGUAUAUUUAAAAUCCCUAAAAAGGGCUGUAUCACAACAAAACGUUUUCGGAAUCAAUAUUCCAUCAUCAGUGUUAUCACCUAAAAUAAGUAUAACUAUAAGUAAAACAAACGUGAGGUUAAAUUUUGACAAAGAUAAAAAAGUGAAUAGUUAUACUUACAGGUUUACAUGGUUUAAGCCACCAAAAUGUACGUAAAUGUUUAAAGCAUGUAAACCUGUAAGUAUAACUAUCUAUUCACUUUUUUACCAUUGUCAAAAUUUAACCUCACGUUUGUUUUACUUAUAGAGUUAUACUUAUUUUAGGUGAUAACACUGAUGAUGGAAUAUUGAUUCCGAAAACGUUUUGUUGUGAUACAGCCCUUUUUAGGGAUUUUAAAUAUACCUUUUACAAGAUAAGGUUUUUAUUUUUUGUGAUUUAUGGUAUACAGGUAGUACAAGAAUUUUUCCUUGUGAAAUUUUUGAUAGUUCAAGUAGGUUUUAUUACCCAGUAGGAUGCGUUCAUUUAUUUCAUCAGUUCUAUCAUUUCUGCCAUUCACCAUCACUCUCAGGUAUUUGACAUGGUGUACUCUUUCAAAGGAAUAUGCAACAAGCCUAAUUUCUUUCUCGGUGAUGGUACUUUCUCUUGAACACUUGAGGAAUUUCGUUUUACUUUGGUUUAUUACUAGCCCUCUCUUCUUUGCUUCUUUAUCUAGUAUUAAUAUUAUCUUCUGCAUGGUUUUAAGUCUCUAGUAACCAGUGCAAUAUCGUGUGCAUACGCUACUGGUUGGGCUGAAGAUUCGAUAAUAGUUCCCAUAAUUUUGGCUGCUCUUACUGCCCCCUCUAUGGCAAUGUUAAAUAAUGUUGUUGACAAGGAAUCUACCUGUCUGACGCUUACCUCCAUUUGUACUUUAUCUGAGGGGCCUUCCCUUGAUCUCUCUUGUGCCCUUCUUCUCCAUUGUCUUGUGUUCAUGGUUUUCAGGUCAUGUUCCACGUCAUCCAACCAUCUAGUUCUGGGCCUUCCUAUCGGCUUCCAUUGUAAUAUUUUCUUUGUUUCUUUUUAUCGUCUUGUCUCUAUGUCAUGUCCCAGCUAUGAUAGUCUUCGACCUUUCACAAAUCGUACCAAAUCGUGACCUUCAUCCAAUUCAUUAACUUCGUUGUUUCUCCUGAUUCUCCAUGUGCCUUCUUCUUCUUGCAACGGGCCUUAUCGACGCAAAAACUGCAAAACCUCGUAAGUCGAUUUUUGGUCCAUUAUUGUUGGUUUAUACUUUUACAUAUCUUUUAAACUACGAAAGCUUGUAAGUCAAUAUUCAAAUUUAAUGCUACUAGCGACAUGUACAAAAACCUCAUAAGUAAGAUGUUAAGUUACAAAACCUCGUAAGUUGCCUUUUUAUGAGACAAAACCUCGCAAGUUUAAUGAUAGUUUAAGAUUUUAAGUAACAAAACCUCGUAAGUCGCUCUUUGACAAAAAAAAACAAUAUUACUGAAUUUUACUUGAUGGUAAUGGAAUCGUUACCUAAAAGAACACUACACACACAAAAUAAAUUGAAUCUUACAUAAAGAAGCCAAAAUGUUUUGUUCUAAAGUUACAUAAAACUGACUUACGAGGUUUUGCAGUUUAACCGUCGAUAUACUUUUCUCAGUAUUUUUUCUCGAAUGUCCUUGGGCUUCAUCCCUUUUCGUCAUUACCCAGGUUUUGGUCAGAUAGAUAGUCAUUUUGGUUCUUUUGUCCAAUAUCGAUGCCAUCAAACUUCUAUUAGCAUAGUGCAUAUCUACGAUUCCCGCUGGAAAUACGUGCAUUAGUUUCGCUACUUGCGAAAUUCUUCUGAUUUUCUGUGCCCAGAUAUCCUGCCUGGACUAGAUAUCAAAAUAUAAAGUGGAAGGAAAAAUUAUAUUUUUACAUAAUUUGUUAGUAAUUAGAAUGACAAAAAAUCUUGAUCAAUAGUAUGUAUUGCAUUCAAGCUGAGCUACUACAUGUGGCAUUACCAUUAAGUGAUGUUGAAUGAAAGAUUUUAGAAUUCUCCAUUACUACUUAAUUUAUACAUGAUACCAUUUAAUGGAAAUUUUAAAUCAAAUUGUUUUUAAUUUUUUUUGUUUUUUUUUUACUAUCGGUUUCUAUCACCAAUCUUCCAUUUUCUGUUUUAUUAUCUUCUGUAUAAUUUUUAAUUUCUGCAUUUUUAAACAAUCGUUCUGUUUUAACGGUACUAAGAGUAUUUUUUUAAAUUGUGGCUAAGUCACCAUUAAUUUUUAUCUUGUUUAGUUGGCGAUUUUUAGCAGAUAUUUUAUUUUCCAUAAUUUUUUAAUAGAAAAUAUAUUUUUAGAGAAACAGUAUAGUAGAGGUCGGAACAAAUUGUUCACGAAUAGUUUUGUACAUGUGUUUGAAAUUUAGAUACUCCUCUGAAGUUGUAAUUAAAAAAUAUAAAGUAGGACUAAAAAAGUAUUAAGAGUUCAGAAUAGAGAUGAGAAUGUACCAUAAAUGGAUGGUCCAGAUCAUACAAAAACAAGGAUACGCUUGCAAUGUAAUGAUGCAAGAUGAUUGCAAUAAUAAUACAAUAGACAGAGUGUUUUAUUUAAAAAACAAAGUAACUAAUGAAAUCAGAAAAAUGGUAAAUCUGGCAACAUUGCAAUCACCAAAUUUGAAAUCUUAAUAUUGCAGAAUAAGCGUAUUCUGGUUUUGUACAAUUCGGACCAUCCAAGAGAUAUUUAGGCGUUUCUAGACUUAGUCCACUAGCUAGUAGACACACGGGUAACCUAAUUGUUAGGCUUGGGCUAAUCCGGUCCGUUCUCAUGUGACUUUCAUGUCUAUCGUGUCAUGUGACUCUAAGCCGCACAUCAAAGAAACAUGAAACGUAAGAAAUAAAACACUGCUAAACAAAUAGACGUCCGGCCAUUUAUGAAACUUUCCGAAAAUAAAAAUGUGUUAUGAGCAUGAAUCACACUCGUUUCAUUGGUAGGCGGACUUCAAGAUUUGUUUAGCCGUGUUUAAUUUUCAUGAAACGCGUUUUACGUUUCAUGUUUCGUUGGUGUGCGGCUUGCCUUAUGAAACUAUUCAAAAUAUGUAAUUGUUUUUCAAUGCAAAAAAUACAUGAAUUUAUAGUAUUGUUAAUAUGAUUUAAAAUAACUAUUCAAACACGAACAAUAUUAUAGUACUUUAUAACUUUUACAACUUUAACACAAUGACAACUAUAAACUUCAAAUACAACUGUUCUAUAAACUGUCAACUUUCUAUGUUUAUAUUUGGUUUUUAUACAUUUUCUGACGUUCUACACAUAAAAGUAAACAGUGCAAAAAGUAAAGGGUCCAGGACUGUAUUAACUCAAUGUACCCGUGUGCCUAGUAGCGUGGCGGUUUCUGUAUAUACAUAUACAGAGUGGGCCAAAGAAAACAGUCCACCUCGAUAUUUGACAGUAUUUAUUAGAUUUAAUACCCAUUAAUUAUUCUGAUUUAGUGGAUGGAUAUUAGUACAGUUAAAAUAAUUAAGACGAUAAUGAUUUAAUCAGUGAAAUUUAAAGUUUUUUCUACUUUAAUGACAAAAAAGCAAGCUCAUUAGCAGAACCCAAUUAAAAAUUAUUUUGCACAUCAUAUUUGAAACAUUAUUUGGUUGAAAAAUCGCAUUUUGUUGGCAAAAAAUAUAUUAAUUUGUCUGGACUAAAUUACAGAUCUGUUUAUCUUAAAAGACAUAUGUUACUAUCAACAUUAACACAGUGUUGCCAAACUGAAUUUUGUUAUGUUGAGUGUAAAUUUUCCCAGCGAUCUCCGAGGGUACAAUACAUACAUCUGUCAUUUGUCAACCCUCUCCCUUCCACUUCUCUCACCCCUUAUUUUUAAAUAGGGAAUAGGGGUCGUGUGCUACCUCAUUUGAAAGGUUAUUCGAUUCUCUAUUCAGUAAUAUUAACAUUGACAUAAUUAUUUAUACAGGGGCCCAAGAAAAUUAUUUUGAAUUAAAUUAAUUGCCACAAAAAGAAGAAUGUAUGCAUUUUUUUAACUCAAAGUACAUUCUACUCCUGAUAGAAAACAGAAAAAAUGUUUAUUUCACAAAUAAACAUUGUUUUUCGCUUAAAUUAAAUGUUCAAACUGUCAAGAGGCAGAUGGUUGGCAGCUUGAACAUUGAAAUUAAGCGAAAAGCAAUAUUUAUUUAUCAAAAAACAUUUUUUUCUGUUUUGUGACAGCAGUAGAAUGUAUUUUGAAUUAAAUAAAUUACAUACAUUCUUCUUUGUGUCAAUUAAUUUAAUUAAAAUAUUUUUUUCUUGGACACCUUGUAUAAAUAAUUAUGUUAAUGUUUAUAUUACUGAAUAGAGAAUUGAACAACCUUUUAAAUGAGCUAGCACACGACCCCUAUUUCCUAUUUAAAAAUAAGGGGUGGGAGAAAUGGAAGGGAGGGGGUUGACAAAUGACAGAUGUAUGUACCGUAAAAAUCUACCUUAGAUCGAAAACCGACCUGUUUCGUCAUUUCUUUAAAACCUAAUAAAUACUGCCAAAUAUCGAGGUGGAAUGUUUUCUUUGGCCCACUCUGUAGACCACUUUUAUUUUAAUUUCCUUGGUUCAUCGAUCUGGGAUUAAUCAUACAGUCUGUAUAUUAUUGACAGACAUUUUUUGGCGAAUUGCCAUUUUUAAUGAACAUUUAUUAAUUUUCAAUAACGAACAUAGAUUCGAAAGUUAAUUAAUUUUAUUACUUUAUAACUUCAACUAAUCUAAUGCUGAAUAAAGUGUUCAUUGGAAGUAAUACAGGGUUGAAGCUUUGGAACAUUAUAGUGUUUUGUUAAUCCCCGACGGGUAAACUGAGGAAAUUCAAAUAAAAUAUUGUUGAAAAUUCACGGUCAGGAAAUUUAUUGUGUGUGUUACAUGUGUUUUUAGAUAUUCUGUAAUUUAUUUUCUAAAGGAUGACCUAAAUUUCUAUAAUUCGUGUAAAUUGAUAGCAGUUCAUAGCGUAAUGGAAAAUAUAUAAAAGUAGAUAUGAGGCUUUCCAAGAAUUUUCCAAAAUUAUUUUCGAAAUGAGUUGCAUUUAUGUAGUUUGUUUUGGUCAGUGUCCUUUAUAAGAAUGCCAGUAUUUUGUGAAAAAGCCAUAAUAUCUUAUAAGUAAAAUUUAAUAAAAAAUGUUUGUCCUGGUAAAAGGUAUAUUAGUUUAAAAAGCCCUAUAGGGCUACAAACAUAGAAACAGAACGUUUUCGCUCUGUAACAAGAGCAUCAUCAGUGUUACAAGAACAUAGUGAGCCACCCAAAAAUACAAAGGUUGAAACCUUUUAAAAAUAGACUAGUAGUCUCAUAUAAAUAUAACCAUCUUAAAAUCCAAAGGAUGGAUAAAAUUCCUAUGGAUGUGGCUUUAGGGCAACAUAUGACUUUCUAUUUUUAAAAGGUUUCAACCUUUGUAUUUUUGGGUGGCUUACCAUGUUCUUGUAACACUGAUGAUGCUCUGGUUACAGAGCGAAAACGUUUUGUUUCUAUGUUUGUAGUCCUAUAGGGGCUUUUUAAACUAAUAUAACUUUUACCAAGACAAAAAUUUUUUAUUACAUUUUACUUGUAAUUCAUGGUAUACAGCCACCUACAGGAAAUUCUUCCUUGUGGAUUUUUAUAAUAUAUUUUGUUAAUAUUAACAUUUCUAAUUACUUGGCAUUCAAUAACACUUACCAUCUGAUUUGUUCAUAUUUGUGAUAAUUCAUUCUUUUUUUUUCUUAUCCCUGUUCAUUUUUUAGAUAGACUUGCACUAUGGCGCGAUAAUUUUUGUCAACGAUAAUUUUGAUCACUAGUAAUCGUUGGGCUGAAAAGCUCGUAAGCUAACAUAGAAAAUUUUUUUUUUUUUUGAUAAAAUUUGAUUUUACUAUUCAAUAUAUUUGAGGGCGAUACAACGAUUAUAGCGGUCAUACAACUUUUCAAUACCAUUUUUAUAAUACAAUUUGUCUUUAACCUCAGUUUCGGCGAUUAUCUCUUCAUUGGUGCUUAUUUUUUUCCAGCGAGCAUUCUCUCGAGGUCAGCGAACAGGUGGUAGUCGCUGGGAGCCAUGUCUGGUGAAUACGGUGGCUGUGGAAACAAUUCUAAGCCCAAUUCAUGAAAUUUUGCCAUCGUUUUCAUUGAUUUGUGACACGGUACGUUGUCUUGAUGAAAUUGCACUUUCUUUUUCUUCAAAUGGGGCCGUUUUUUUCGCGAUUUCGUCCUUCAAACGAUCCAAUAACGCAAUGCAAUAUUCGCUGUUAAUGGUUUUCCCUUUUCAAGAGCAAGAGUUUCAAACACUUCUCAGAAUCAUCAAUUCGUUGUUUUUGAUCUGUUGUGAGCUUUCGCGGCACCCACUUUGCACGGAGCUGUCGCAUACCCAUAUAUUCAUGCACAAUAUAUCCAACAAGUUCCUUUGAUAUCUAUAGAGUCUCAGCUAUCUCGAACAACUUCACGUUACGGUCAUCCAAAAUUUGUGGAUUUUUUGAUGUUUUCGUCGGUAACAGCCUCUUUGGAGCGUCCACUGCGAGCAUCGUUCUCGGUGCUCAUUUCGCCUCGUUUAAACUUAGCAAGCCAUUUCUCAACGGUUGAUUUUCCUGGUGCAGAGUCCAAUGUUUAUCAAAGCAAGCUUUGGCUUUGACAGUAUUUUUUUCGCCAAAAAUCAAUGCUGCAGGUAAUUCCUUUUUAUCAAUUUUUUUAGCUAACAAGUUGUUUCAGUGAAAAUGCUGUGUUUUUUAAACUAAUGUAGGAUUCGUUAAAGACAAUCGUAAUAAAAGUCCGUGUGAUGUUUAACAGUUUUAAUUAAUAAAAUAGAUACCAUUAAAUUGACUAAAUGUAAAAGUGUUUGUGUAAUUGCGACUAAAAUUUUACGAGUUCUCACAAAAGAAAAUGUAUUUGAAAUAAUCGCGUUUAUCUACUUAAUAUAUGACCGGCUUGUCAAUAUAUUAGUACAUCUUAAACUUCGCGUCUUUUCGAUUAUCGCCAAAUACAGCCUCUUUCAUUCGAAUCUAAAAAUCGACUCACUCUGGCACCCCUACGCUAAAACAAAUUCUCUUACAUCUAAUCUCCCUUUUCCGUUUUCCCCUGAGAACCAACCUAUUAAAAUUGGAUCAAAGUAUGUACCGACUUUUUCCAAUAAACGGAAACCAAUAAAAUUAGUCAAGGCGGCUACUGUUUAUCUUAAACUCCGAUUCCAAACGAUUCGCACAUGUGGCAUAUGUGUUCGUAUACGUGAGA